CAGGCCUUUGUAGUGCAGGCAGAUCGUGCGGCUAAGGGACGUGUGGAAAAACAAGACCGAGCUCGCCCUAUAUGCUCACAUUGUAAACAGAAAGGCCAUGAAAUCAGUUCGUGUUUCAAAUUGCACGGAUAUCCCGAUUGGUGGGAAGAGCGGAAUAAAGCCAAAGGGACCGCAGGUGGGUCUGCCGGUGGGUCUGCCGGUGCACGUGCAGGGGGGCUCAUACUCUGGCAGUACCUCGGCAGCAGCUAGCCAAAGUGACGGAGGUAUUGCAAACAGGCUGGUUACGUUGAGCAAUGAACAGGUUGAGGCCCUUUUAAAUUUGAUUAAUGGAGAGACCCGCUCUUGUGACCGCAUGUCUGGACCUACACUCGAGGAGCCUGAUUGGAGCCGGUGAGAGGCGAGAUGGGCUCUUUUAUUUCAGAGGUGUUCCUGUGAUGCAUGCUAUUCAGACGUCAUCUUAACCGGAGUUUGAUUUAUGGCAUCGUCGUUUGGGUCACCCUUCUGACCGGGUUCUAAAAUUAUUACCUAGUAUUAUUUCUAGUUCUGCACCUAAGAAAUUAAAUAAAACCUGUGAGGUAUGUCCACAGGCCAAACAAGUUCGGGACUCAUUUCCCCUUAGUGAGAAUAAAGAUGGUAGAAUUUUUGAACUAAUUCAUUGUGAUUUGUGGGGACCAUAUCAAACCCCAUCUACAUGUGAUGCUAUUUACUUUCUUACUUUGGUUGAUGAUUUUUCGCGAGCUGUGUGGGUGUAUUUGCUUCGUGAUAAAACGGAGGUUUAAAAGUAUUUCUUAUUUUUCUUGGCUAUGGUCGCAAAACAGUAUGAGGUUUCUGUUAAAACUGUUCGAACUGAUAAUGGCACUGAAUUUCGAGGGUUGAAGCCUCAUUUUGAUGCUAGUGGUAUUUUAUUUCAGACCUCAUGUGUUUAUACACCCCAGCAGAACGGGAGAGUGGAACGAAAACAUCGUCACAUACUGAAUGUGGCACGGGCUUUGAUGUUUCAGGCAUAUCUUCCCAUACGCUUGUAGGGAGAAUGUGUUCUGGCAGCAGUACAUCUUAUUAAUCGCACGCCAUCCGGAUUGUUAGACGGGAAGACCCCAUACGAGAUACUUAAUGGCAGGCCACCUGACUUUUCUCAUCUUCGCGUGUUUGGAUGCUUGUGUUUUGCCCACAAUAUCAAAAGUCGGGGAAAUAAAUUCUCUUCACGCAGCAGGCAGUGCGUUUUUGUUGGCUAUCCACAUGGUCAGAAAGGGUGGAAAUUGUACGACUGGGACUCUGGUGAACUAUUCGUCUCUCGUGAUGUUAAGUUUCAUGAAGACGAAUUUCCUUUCUUACAAUCCGAAGGCACACAAUCUACAGUCUCUGAAUCAGUGCAUGUUCCUACGGGUCCUGUAAUUCUUGAUCCCGAUCUGAUUGUUCCCACGGCUGACACCACGACCAACAUAGUGUCUACUAUGGCCGAGCAUCAUUCUGACAACACCCAGGCCGAUCCCACUCCUCUUGGCCGUGGCAUGCGAUCCAAGCGUACCUCUGUUCUCCUAUGAGACUUCGUUACACAUCACGUUCACUCAUUGAGCCCAUCUCCGUCUCCCUCCACUUCACUCAGCUCCUCAGGACAGGAACCUCAAUCUUUCAGUGAGGCUAUGACUGAUCCUGGUUGGCGUCAAGCCAUGCAAGAUGAAAUAACUGCCCUUGAGAACAAUCAUACAUGGGUCAUGGAACCACUCCCACCCGGUAAACGGGCGCUCGGGUGCAAAUGGGUCUACAAAAUCAAAUAUCAUUCUGAUGGAUCUGUGGAACGCUUCAAAGCACGUCUUGUCGUGUUUGGUAACCAUCAGACAGAGGGGAUUGACUAUAAUGAGACAUUUUCCCCCGUGGCGAAGAUGGUCACUGUUCGUACUCUUUUAGCUGUUGUUGCCACGCAAAACUGGGCGUUACAUCAAAUGGAUGUGCACAACGCUUUUCUUCAUGGCGAUCUGGACGAAGAGGUUUACAUGAAACCUCCUCCCGGUUUCUUGUCCUCACGGCCAGGGUUGGUGUGUUGUCUGCGGAAAUCCCUGUAUGGUCUUCGACAGGCGCCCCGGUGUUGGUUUGCUAAGUUGACCGCUGCUUUGAAGAAAUAUGGGUUUUCUCAGUCCUAUUCUGAUUACUCCUUAUUUUCUUUACACCAUGGAUCUGUUCACUUACAUGUUUUGGUUUAUGUGGAUGAUCUCAUCAUUGCUGGGAAUGACUCAUCUGCCAUUGCUAAAUUUAAAUCCUAUCUGAAUGCUUGUUUUCACAUGAAGGACCUGGGCUUGCUUAAAUACUUUCUCGGUAUUGAGGUGGCACGCAAUUCUAAGGGUCUUUUUCUUUGCCAGCGUAAGUACACGUUGGAUAUUAUCUCCGAGGCAGGCCUUCUUGGUGCCAAACCGGUUUAUUUCCCUAUGGAACAGAAUCAUUCCUUAGCUACUUCCACAAGUGCUAUGCUCUCCGAUCCGUAGAUGUAUCGACGGCUUGUUGGUCGUCUCAUCUAUCUAUCUUUUACUCGGCCUGAUCUUGCUUAUGUGGUGCACAUUUUAUCUCAGUUUAUGCAAGCUCCAAGACAAGAUCAUUGGAAUGCCGCCUUACGCUGUGUUCGGUAUCUUAAGGGUACCCCGGGUCAAGGCAUACUUCUACGCUCGGCUGGAGAACCUACUCUUACAGGAUGGUGUGACUCCGAUUGGGCCAGCUGUCCACUUACUCGCCGCUCUCUCACUGGUUGGAUUAUUUUUUUGGGCGAGUCACCUAUCUCCUGGAAAACUAAGAAACAACACACGGUCUCUCGUUCCUCUACCGAGGCCGAGUAUCGGUCUAUGGCUGCUAUCAUUGCCGAAUUGAAAUGGCUCAAAGGAUUACUACUCACGUUGGGCAUUGCUCACUCACACCCCUGCCUCUCUGGUGUGACAGUCGUUCAGCUCUUCAUAUUGCUCACAACCCAGUUUUCCAUGAACGUACGAAACAUAUUGAAGUCGACUGUCACUAUGUGCGCGAUGCUAUUCAAACAGGCCUGGUUUCCGCUCGCCAUGUAUCCACUACUGAUCAGCUUGCCGACAUUUUUACCAAGGCACUGGGGAAGAAACAGUUUCAGUAUCUUCUCGGCAAGUUGGGCAUCCUUGACCCGCAUGCUCCAACUUGAGGGGGGUGUUAAAUCUAAAGCCCGAAUGGGCUUAAUCUUUUGUAAUUAAUUUAUUAGUUAGUGGGCUAAGGGCUCUAGUUUGUUCAUACGAAGUGUAUAUAUAUUACUCCUCCUCUUGUACAUUGGACAUACAAAAAUAUACAGAAUUAAUUCUCCAUUAU